AUGGGUGCCAUUCCUGAAGCCGAUCCCGAUGAGCCCCAGGAGACCAAGCCCUUCAAGUUCGUGACAGCAGGCUAUGACGCUCGCUUCCCCCAGCAGAACCAGACCAAGCACUGCUGGCAGAACUAUGUCGACUACCACAAGUGUGUCAACGCCAAGGGCGAGGACUUCCGCCCAUGCCGUCAGUUCUACCACGCUUUCCGCUCCCUCUGCCCCAAGGCCUGGACUGACCGGUGGGAUACCCAGCGCGAGGCCGGCAACUUCCCCGCUCGCCUGGAGUAG